AUGCUCCAUAUCUGGCCCGAACCUUGGACCUUCAAGCAGACCAUCGCUUCUCUCUUCACGUCGGAGCCGAGUCUGCAAUCCCAGAUAACCCAAACAGACACGUGGAAAGAAGAAGGAAAUUAUCCAAUGUACAACGUCUGGAGCCCCGCCUUUUUCGGAACCACUCUCCCGCAACCAGGCACCGCCCCAUCCAAGUUGACUCGAAAUGACUUGAUAGUCACGCGAUGGAAAGAAGACAAAGAAGAAGAAGACACGGUAUCAUUGGAAAAGGAAGAUAUCACGACCUUAUCUUUCAGCUCGGAGGAUAUUAUCGGUACUGUCGAUGUCGAUCUUCCCCCAAUGCUCUGCUGCAAGUGUUGUUUCCGGUAUCGGGGCUGUAUCAGGUUAGCCAACGGCGAACGCUGGCGAUUCACCGAAGAGCUCCAAGAAUACUUCCAGUUUGCCCGGGAGUGGGGAAACGUGUCGUCGAAGAUUGGAGGGCCUGGAGACUUGAAUCAAACCCGUACGACUAGUAUCUCGUGGUAUCGUUACCACGAUUGGAUCUGGCCGGAGGGAGAGACAAAGCCGGAACUGCCAUUUUCAACGAACAAGAAUACACAUAUUUGUCGGGUGAGCUUGAGAGCUGCGCGCAGCUCUGCGAGCCUGAGUUCAAAGAGGGAUCUCCAGAAAAAUCCAACUCUCGCGGUUAUGAAUGAAGAUGGGUUUAUUUUCCUGGAUACCUUGCCGCAAGGGCAGGGGCUUGAAGCAGGUGGCCUACGGGACUUGAUCGUACUAACUGGUCUUGCUGUUGCAAAUUAUGAGCAGCGCUCAGGCAACAAGAAGUAG